GCCCACCGACUAAAGUCCAUGCCACAUGUCAUCGCUCGAACCCCCGAGAUGGCCCAGUGUGGGCAUCCCUCAGGGCUGCUUGCAGACAAGAACAUCUCUUCAAGUGUCACUCGGGUGAUAGUGAAGACACCAGGCAAGCAGGAAGACUUUAUUAUAGCCAAUGACACCUCGGUGAGGCAGUUCAGGGAGAAGCUAUCGGCUCACUUUAAAUGCCAAAUGGACCAACUAGUGCUCGUCUUCAUGGGCUGCCUUCUUAAAGACCAUGACACACUGAGGCAGAGGGGCAUCCUGGAUGGCCACACCAUCCACAUUUUCAUCAAGUCCAAAAACAGCUCCAGUUCCCUAGCCCAUUCCUCCUGGAAACUGUCAACCAAUGAGCCCUGCCACCAGGGCAAAAACACCAAAGGAAACAGCAGUGGGGUAUACCAACCUGCUGGUAUGAGUCACACCCCAGUGGAAUCAUCGCUCUCAGUGGAUGUGCCCAAUGGGCAUACCCAGUACCCGGAAGUGGGUAGUUCAGAUCACAUAGCACAGAUACUGGAGAAUCCUAGCAUCCAGCAGCUUCUGUCCAACAUGGACUUCAUGAGACAGUUCAUCUCAGAACACCCAGACAUGCAAUAAUUGAUGCAGCAGAACCCGAAGGUCUCACACAUCCUUGACAAUUCUGAGAUCCUGUGGCAGACUCUGGAGCUGGCCAGGAAUGUGAUUCAAGACAUAAUGCAGAUCCAGCAACCUGCAGAGAAUCUUGAGCAUCCACUGAACCCACAGUCACAUGUGGGCUUAGAGACAAUCCCUGGAUGGGACAAUACCCUGGGUCAGAGCUCUGCUGAUUUCUAUGACCAGAUGCUCAACUGCUCACAAGAUCCAUUUGGGGGCAACCUUUUCACAGCUCUCCUGGGAAGACAAGUGCCAGAACAAGUCCAGUCCUCACCCCCAUCUCCGCCACCACCCCAGGAAAGGCGCGGACAUCUUCCACCCCGGGUCAUCUAUGCUAGUUCUCGUGGUCUAUCCUCAACCAACUCAGACAAUGCUACCCCCAACAAGGUGAACCAUACUUCCAGGGCCAAUACUCCAGCUAACUCCACUAAUGGCCAGAGUCAUACAUGUGCCGUUGAGCAGCCAGCUGGGGUACCAGCCUUACCUAGCAUAGAGUUCAACCAGCAGCCCUGAGCAGAAGGCAAAGAUGCCACUAUCUCUCUAGAUAGCUCUGACCAGAAAUUAGAGGAUGAGCUCCAUUUAGAACUCAAUUUGGUGACAGUAAAACUCUUAUGUCUACAACCUUCUCUCUAA